ACUUUCCUGUUAACAUUAUUAAAUUAAUUUAUUCUACAUUACUUCUUUACUCGCAAAUUUUCUAAAAAAACAAUGAUAUUAACCAUUUUUUCUUGUCACGUCUCGCGCUUCACAUGAGCCGUAACGUGAACCAGGAAAGAAAAAGGAAUACGUCAUAAGUCGCGAAUAGUCAACCAACAAACCAAGCACAGUUCUGCCCGAGCAGUCGAGCUAGGCGGACGUAAAAUAUAGUGCUUCUGACAUAGUGCAAGUGAACCAACCAAGGAUGGAAAAAGUUCCAACGAUAAGAAUAUUAAAUAAAGGAGAAACAUACACUAUAAACAGGGCAGUAGACCAACAGUGUCCAAUCAAAACAAUAAGUGAAGUACAGGACUGCUCAAAUACAAAAGAAAUAGAAAUGGAAAUAAUACAAGAAGACGACGUAAAGAGCAAUACCAACAAGGAUCUACCACAACAUAACGAAAGCUGGAAGACUGUAACUCCCAGCAAAAAAAGAAAAAUAAACGCAAACACAAACGAUAGGAGGACCACAGAAACAGAAAGACAGCAAUGGCUACAGGAAAUUCCCACACAAAACUCCUUCAGCUCGCUGACAGAAGAGAUGGACACAGACCCUACAGAAAAACCGAGAACACACACGCCUAAGCCACCGCCAAUCUACAUAGACGCAAAAAUAAUAGACCCCCUCAUUGACCUGCUAAACAGCACGGCAGGAAAAGAAAACUACACUAUUAAACAGCUCAAACUGGACCAGGUAAAAGUACAAACCAAUACCCCAGAAACCUACAGAAAAGUAACUAAAGCGCUAAAGGAAAAAAACGCUGGGUAUCACAUUUACCAAUCCAAAUCCGACAAGAGCUACAAAGCGGUAAUCAGAGGUCUACACCCUAAAACAAAUACAAACAAAAUAUGCGAGGAAUUGGCCAAGAUCGGACACCAGGCAACAGUUGGUUUAAUACAUUUUGUGCAAUAACAUAACAAGUAUACAACAUUGACAUUAAUAAACGAUUACUUGUUAAAGGGAGAGAUUGAAAAUUGAUUUUCAUGAGUUGGAAAAAUUAAUGGCCACAUAUCAGCGAUGGUAAAUUGAAUUGAAGUUUCUGUAAUAAUUACCUUAAUUAAAACGUGGAAUUUAUUUCGUUUGACGUGUUCACAAGUAACGUGUAAUAAAUUUCGAUUUAUCAAUUGGCAAAACGCUUUCGAUUGAACGUUCUUUUACGUACAUUGGACCCGUGCGAGGUAAGAUAUAUUUAAUGUUAAUGCACUUUAUGCGUAAAGUGGCAGACAAUGGUAAAAGUGCAAUGGUAAUUUUUAAUAUUUUAACAUUGCACUUUAAACAUUGCACAUAGCACAUAUAAUAUACUAUGUCUUUAAUUAUCGCAAUUAUAUAAAAUUGUUUGUCAGUCAUAAAAAUGUUCUUACAACGAAUAACGCUAUUUCAUAUUUUUAUAACGAUAUAAAAGAUAAAUUUGUAUAUUGGUACUUAUUUACAGGCUAAAUAAUACAGUUAGUUCCAAGAAUUAUGUCGAUUAACAUAUUCACAAUUUUCCAUAAAUUUUCUUCGACUACUUUCUGGUACUUGUUUCAUCUGACACUGCGCUCUCUUGUAUAUUUUCGUCAUAUGCUUAUUUUCGAGUUCUAUCUUCGUAAAGUUCAUUGAUUAGAUUUCUUUGCAGUAUCUUGAAUUUUUAUUAAAUUUACAGAGAAUAAACCGCUUCGAAUUAGUUUUAUUAUUUAGAUUUGGAUUAGUUUUAAUCUAUUUCGAUUAAAGACUAGUUUCAAUCUAUAUCUAUUAUUUAAUGUCGCAUGCUUCUUUCGAACAUAGAUAUUUUUAGACCGCUCCCUCGAGGUACAACGAGCGACCGUCAGACAAUCUGUUAGACACAAUGUUGACGCUUCGCGCACGUGUCAAACAGCACAAAACUUGCAGACGAAAUGAAAUGUUUUCGUUAUCAUAUCGAUGACUGACUCACCACUGAAAUAAUUCGGUUAAACAAACGGUGUUCAUAAAUCACACGCGCGAAUAGUUGGUCUGAUUGUUUUUUCUUUUUCUUCUUUUUAUUAAAUAAUCACUAGAAGACUACAUCAAAUUUUUAAUUUAACAGUUAAUGUAAUUAACAGAUAAUUAUAUAAAAAUUAAUUUUUAAUUAUCAUUUAGUAUGGUCAUAAUGUAGAUCUAUUCUAAAUAUAAACUAAAACUUAUAUAUGUUGUUUGUAAAUGUGUUUCAAGGGAAACGGGGAAAGCGUUAAAGCGGGGAAUGGAAAUCUGGAGGAUUUAUUUCAGUAGAUGACAAAACAAAUUUGAACAACUAAGAUAACAAAAAUUUUGAGUAUAAAAUAUCCACAAUGCAUUCACUCUGAUAUUUAGUAAGUGAAACGAAUCUCUGUCUGGGUCCUGCGUCUUUUAGUUGCGUUUAAAAAAAUAUGAACUGAAAUCAACAUCUAAUUGUAGAAUAAAAUAAAAUAUCAAAUUAGACCGCAAAACUGAAAUAAAAUAGCUGAAUGAUUCUACUGUCGCUUAAUAUUGGAGUAAAUUUGAUAUUGAAUGAAACGUCUAAUAAAAUAAAAAUGUCGUCAUAGUAAACUGUCAUAUUUAUUUAAAAAAAAUCGACUGCUUUCGCUUUCUUACUGCUACUCUCAUUCAUCAAUUUUAUCCAUUUAUAGAAUCUACGCCCGAGAUACUAUGUAAACUUGGUGGUAAUGUACAAAAUUAAUCCAAGAACAACUUCCGUUAGCAAUUUAUCAGUAAAUAAUACCUAAUCUAAGAGUACAAUUGCGAGCAUACCGAGAAGGCUUGUAUAAAUUGUAUAUUUACUCAGAUGGCGGUUAUACCGAUGACCAAAGUUAUAUUUAACGGCAUCGCUGCAUACUGGCGCAAAUGCCAAAACUACUCAGCAUUAUUUACAGUGCAUAAAACAAACCGUUUAGACACCUCUCAACGUUUGUACAGUUUCUUCCACUUUCUUCUAUAAACGUCCUUAUGCGAUAUCCAGUUUGCAUUAAAAUCAAACAGCAUUAUUAAAGUUAUAGAUUUAGCGAAUGAUCCAGAAUGGAUUUCAUAUCAAUAAUUCUUCUACCAAAAAAAGGUUGUAAAACGAUUAUCAAUUGAAAAAUUAUUAUAAAAGUAUUAUUAUAUAUGAGGAGAAUGUUUUACUCCAUUAUACGUUUGUUCCAUAAGCCUGAGAUUAAUGAAAGUGAAGUAACAAUGAAAAGAAAGAAAUUACUAUUGCUACGACAAGCUUACUUCCAUUACGAAACUGGUAAAUAGCGAAUGAAAGAAGGAUGACAGUCUCGUACCAGUAUCAAGUGGCAAACUCUACCAGAGGUGGAUUCACCAGGCUUCUUUUUAUGUGGAGAGGAUCACUGUAUAAGCUCAUCUAUAGAGAAUUACUCUUAUUCCUGAUACUCUUUGCAGCAAUCUCCACUGUUUACCGUCACAUGCUCAGUAUCAAACUGAAAAGAGAAUUCGAAAAGAUUGUCAUUUAUUGCGAUAAUUUUAUUAAUUUAAUUCCAUUAAGUUUCGUUCUUGGAUUCUACGUAUCUUACGUUGCUCAAAGAUGGUGGCAACAAUAUCAAGCGAUACCUUGGCCCGAUAAGGUAAUGCAUUUAAUUGCUUUGUACGUUACUGGAAACGACGAAUACGCUCGUACACUUCGAAGAGCUCUGAUGCGCUACUUGAACCUUUCCCUGAUACUUGUUUUACGUUCGAUCAGUUCGGCGGUGAAAAAACGAUUCCCAACGCUCGAUCACGUCGUUGAUUCUGGUUUUAUGACAGCGUUUGAAUUGGAUUUAUUUUUGGCAGUACCAAGCUUAGAAUUCAACACUUAUUGGAUCCCUUGCACAUGGUUUAUCAACCUUCUAAAAGAAGCGCGUCAUAAUCACAGAAUUCCCGAUCCUCAGGGAUUAAAAUUAAUUAUGGAGGAAUUCAGCGAAUUUCGUACAAAAUGUGGCCUUUUAUGGAGCUACGAUUGGAUAUCAAUUCCGUUAGUUUACACGCAAGUAGUGACAUUGGCGACGUACAGUUUCUUUGCCGUGGCUUUAAUAGCUCGUCAGUACAUCGAUGGUAAAGAAAAACAAUUCCAGCUGCAGAUUGACAUUUACAUACCUGUUUUUACUCUGCUACAAUUUUUCUUUUUCAUGGGCUUGUUAAAGGUAGCGGAACAAUUAAUUAAUCCUUUUGGCGAUGACGACGAAGAUUUCGAAUUGAAUUGGAUAAUUGAUCGCCAUACAAAAGUAUCAUACCUUGGAGUAGAUACCCUUAUGAAUCGUUGUCCACCAUUGGUCAAAGAUAUUUACUAUGACGCUGAAAAUCUAAUUUUACCAUACACUGAAGCAGCGGCUGCUUACAAAAAGAAAACUUAUCGCGGUAGUGUGGCACACAUGACCGUUCCCGAGGAAAAGCAAACUAUGUUUCUACCAGAUGUUAUAGAAGAGGACGAAGAGGACGUAAAACCGUCACAUCACACAUCAACGAUGAGUUUAGCUACUCAUCCUAAUGACAGCCCACCGUGUGAAAGGCGCCAGAUCAGCCCGCGCCCUGAAACACCUACGAAAAUUGAUCAAACUUGUCCUGAGACAAUUUUACAGUUUGAUAUUCAAGAACCAUCGGUCCACGCCGACCAAAUAGAACAAAAAGCGAAAAAUAUAGCAGACACUAUAAAGAAAUUUUCAUCUUUAGGAAAGUAUUCGUUGCCACGAAUUGAUUCAAGCCGAAAGCCAUUUUUCACAUUAACAAAAAGUCCUAAGUUGGUUAUACAACCUUGGCCGAGUACGUCCAAUUUAUCAAUACCCUCGAGACAAAUCAUAGACACACCUUCCGUUUACAUGGAUAAUCUAAAUCCAUGGAGAGAUUAUAGUCCAAAAGUUGCACUACCAUACUCGUUUGAUGUUGGUGGUUCGGAACAUUCCCCGGAAGAGCAAGGGCAAUACGACUUCGAAAGUGUACAUCCAUCAGACGAUACUGCUAUAAACCCAAGUGACAGUCCUCAUUCAGAUACAUGCCAGUUACAGUGCCAACAUUACGGUACUUCUUAUUUAACGCUGCCAGAAACACCUUUGUCAAUCCCGUCGAAAGCAACGAUGCCGAAAAAUAGAAGCCCCAAGUUUCUUGUAAGAAGACAUAAAUCAAUGGGGACAGGUAGAAAGAAAGGUAUUCAAUGGAAACGGAUCGUGAAAACUACUAAGAAAAAUACACCAGACGGUAUGCCGAAAACCGAACGAAGCUUAACUCGUUCGAGGGACUCGCCAAAUUUAAAAUUAAAAGAAACAUCGCCGAAUACAAACAAAGACGAUAUAUCUGAUACAGACACAUCGGGCGAAGAAGGAUGAGUCUAAAGAUUGUAAUUACACAUCUAUGUGAUAAUUAUUAAGGAAUAUAAAAUAAUGCGUUAUAUAAAAGUAUUUAUCAGUAUAAAAUGG